CUCAGCAGACCGGGGGUUGAGCUUCCUGGGUCAGAUGCAGCCGCUGCCAGCUCCAUUGUGAGCGGAGCGACCUGCGUUAACCCCGCUCUGCCCGCACCAGCCCCUGAGCCGAAGCCUGCAGGCUGCAGGAUAUCGUCCUGGUUGAGAAAUGGCUGCUGUGGAACCAGCUCAGGACCAGGCACAAUGGGCAAUCGCCAUGGCUGGGAUGUGGGGUGAACCCCGUGCCUUGGGGGAAGGGCAUUGUGGGAUCCCCAUCCAGCAUCCCAAGAGGGAGGAGAGCGAGGUUGAGGAGCAGAGCCCUGGCUGGCCCUUGUCCCCGCGGACGCCGUCCCAGUCCUGGCUAGAAUGCUCAGAGGGGGAAGAUUCUUCGUUGAGGAUGGCGCAGACACUUCACCGGUCUCGGGAAGGGGUAAAUACUGCUGGCCUUGAGCAAGCGGUGCCGUCCCGUGACUGGCCUCACAGGGACGAGGUUCCUUCAUUCCCCUGGGUGGCACCUGAGACCUGCGAUUCCAUGGGGACAGGCCCCACCAGGGACCGUACCGAGGGCAAGGCAGCCAUUUCAGAGCAGGCCAGCGAGGAAGCCCAUCGAUUGCAGUUCCGCUCAGGCACUGCCCAGCCCGGAGAAGCUCCCUGGGAGAUGCUAGCCCGGCUCAGCCGGGCUGCCCAGCUCUGGCUACGGCCCGGGGAGCGCACCAAAGAGCAGAUUGUGGACGUCGUCGUGCGGGAGCAGUUCCUGGGGGCGCUGCGGGCAGACGUGCGGGCCUGGGUGACGGCAAGGAAGCCCCGCAGCAGUGAGGAGGCGGCUGUGCUGGCUGAAGCCUGCCUGGGGCAAGGGGAGUCGACCCAGCCUGCUCAGGGGGCGGUGACCUUCGAGGAGGUGGCUGUGUAUUUCACGGAGGAGGAAUGGGCUGUGCUGGAUCCCGGUCAGAGAGCUCUCUACAGGGACGUCAUGCAGGAGAAUUAUAAGAGCGUGACCUCGCUGGCUCCCCUGGCAGAGGCAGAGGCUAGCACAGAAGGGAUAGAGUCGGAGAGUGCACCAGGUUUGGAGGAUAAACCAGGGGAGGUGCCUGAGCCCAAAAAGGAAGAGGACAAGGAUGAAGACUUCACCAGGGAAGAUGAACUAACUCACACUGAUGACCUGCAAGAUGAGAAUUACCACCCCUCACUAUACAGUGACUCCGAGCUGAAAAGAGAGCAAAGCCAGACCAAGAGCCGCAAGAGACCCGUGAAGGGUGCGCAACUGCCUACUGAGACGAGUCCAGCCAACAGCAGCCCCUCUGAGGAGCAGGCGGUGCAAUCCAGCCGCAAGAAGCGGGGACAGCCGAGCAACAAGGAUGUGGCCCAGAUCAUCCCAAAGAGAAUCAGGAAGGCAACCAAGCGUGAGAUGCUCCUGUGCGAUUUCGAGGGCUGCGGCAAGAUCUUCUCCAACCGCCAGUACCUGAAUUAUCACAGGAAAUACCAGCACGUGCACCAGAAAACCUUCACCUGCUCUGAGCCCAGCUGUGGCAAGUCCUUCAACUUCAAGAAACAUCUGAAGGAGCACGAGAAGCUGCACAGCGACAAACGGGAUUACAUCUGUAAGUACUGCGCCCGCCCCUUCCGCACCAGCAGCAACUUGAUCAUCCACAGACGCAUCCACACAGGGGAGAAACCCAUACAGUGUGUGAUCUGCGGCUUCACCUGCCGUCAGAAGGCCUCCCUCAACUGGCACAUGAAGAAGCAUGACACCGACUCCUUCUACCAGUUCUCCUGCGACAUCUGCGGCAAGAAGUUUGAGAAGAAGGACAAUGUCACUGCGCACAAGAGCAAAAGCCAUCCUGAGGUGGCUGCCGCCCGGUCCGGCCCAGCCCAGCCCACACCAGAAAUGCCAGAACCCGGCCACCGGGAUGCCCCAUCCCCGCUCCCCAGCCUUGCUGAGGAGACACUGAAUGAGGACCACCCGGGGCCAUGCCCACUUGUCACAGAGCAGCUGGAGAUCAUUGCACUGAGCCAUUGUAAGAUGGAGAAGGCGGAAAGGCCAGUCUGCCCCAUCACAGCCUCCGCCGACUAACGGGCCACACCAAGCGGGAUCCAGAUCUGACCAGCGCUUGGGGGCUGAGCCACGGGGGAUGCUGGCAGAGAUGAUCCCAGCAGGAUCCUGCCUUCCAGCUGGACUCUGCUGAGAGUGGGACAUAACAGGUGUGUUGUAAACAAGACACGAGAAAUCAUUCUUCCGCUCUACUCUGCGCUGG